GAGAGAGAAGUGAUAGAAUACAUUGAGAUGGAACACACCUGUCUUCUACUCUUGCUGUUCAGUACACUGGUAUACUCCGGCCUCGGUCAUGAUGGAGUCUCUCUGAGUGUCCGUCCCAACAGAUCUCAGUUCUUUAAAUAUGAGUCUUUAAUUGUGAGCUGUGAAGUUCAGGGGAGCUCUGCUGGAUGGACACUGAAGAGAUACACAUCGACUGGGAAGCUUUCAGCUUGUGGAACCGACUGGGGAAAACAACAAGGCUUUUCAUGCAUUGUGUCACUAAUACUAUCAGACAGUGGGGUGUACUGGUGUGAGGCUGGGUCUGGAGAACACAGCACUGCUGUCAACAUCAAAGUACAUGUUGGUGCUGUGAUCCUGGAGAGCCCUGCCCUUCCUGUGACUGAGGGAGAUUCUGUGACUCUGCGCUGCAGAUAUCAGGUAACUCCCUCUGACCUCACAGCCGAUUUCUACAAAGAUGGAUCCCUCAUCAGGACCGAGACUACAGGAGAGAUGACCAUCCCUGCAGUAUCCAGGUCAGAUGAAGGACUCUACAAGUGUUCCAACUCUGAAGGAGAAUCACCAGAGAGACGGAUGACUCUGACAGUUCUCUCUCCUCCAGUCUCUCUGAGUGUCCGUCCCAACCGAUCUCAGUUCUUUGAAUAUGAGUCUUUAAUUGUGAGCUGUGAAGUUCAAGGGAGCUCUGCUGGAUGGACACUGAAGAGAUACAUAUCAACUGGGAAGCUUUCAGCUUGUGGAACCGACUGGGGAAAACAACAAGGCUUUUCAUGCAUUGUGUCACUAAUACUAUCAGACAGUGGGGUGUACUGGUGUGAGGCUGGGUCUGGAGAACACAGCACUGCUGUCAACAUCACAGUACACGCUGGGGCUGUGAUCCUGGAGAGCCCUGCCCUUCCUGUGACUGAGGGAGAUUAUGUGACUCUGCGCUGCAGAUAUCAGGGAACUCCCUCUGACCUCACAGCCGAUUUCUACAAAGAUGGAUCCCUCGUCAGGACCGAGACUACGGGAGAGAUGACCAUCCCUGCAGUAUCCAGGUCAGAUGAAGGACUCUACAAGUGUUCCAACUCUGAAGGAGAAUCACCAGAGAGACGGAUGACUCUGACAGUUCUCUCUCCUCCAGUCUCUCUGAGUGUCCGUCCCAACCGAUCUCAGUUCUUUGAAUAUGAGUCUUUAAUUGUGAGCUGUGAAGUUCAAGGGAGCUCUGCUGGAUGGACACUGAAGAGAUACACAUCGACUGGGAAGCUUUCAGCUUGUGGAACCGACUGGGGAAAACAACAAGGUUUUUCAUGCAUUGUGUCACUAAUACCAUCAGACAGUGGGGUGUACUGGUGUGAGGCUGGGUCUGGAGAACACAGCACUGCUGUCAACAUCACAGUACACGCUGGGGCUGUGAUCCUGGAGAGCCCUGCCCUUCCUGUGACUGAGGGAGAUUCUGUGACUAUGCGCUGCAGAUAUCAGGGAACUCCCUCUGACCUCACAGCCGAUUUCUACAAAGAUGGAUCCCUCAUCAGGACUGAGACCACAGGAGAGAUGACCAUCCCUGCAGUAUCCAGGUCAGAUGAAGGACUCUACAAGUGUUCCAACUCUAAAGGAGAAUCACCAGAGAGAUGGAUGACUCUGACAGACCCCACUACAGUGCCAGUGUUGUCCAUGUCUCUGCCCAGGCUGCUGGGUAGUGUACUGGUGGUGUGUCCCUACCUGCUGGUGACGGUCAUACUGAUGGUGAAAGGCAACAGACGUAGUGCUCAAGGUGAGCGUUUUGAAGAACAGUGAGGCUGAGAAACACCUGAUCACCAUGACAACACAAUGGAACACACCACAUUCUAAUUCUGGACCUGUUAUUUACACCCAAAACAUCUCUUCUUCUCCUGGCAUUUAAAUAAAUAAAUAAAAUACGAUUUAUUUAACUGCUUUGAGGUAUUUGUCUUAUUUUAAGGUGUUUCAAUAUAUGUUGUGUUGUAUAAUUCAUUCAGCAGCAGUCCUUUUAAAUGGGUAAUCUGCAGAUCAAAAAUACAAACCCCCAGCCACUGUUUUGGUAAACAGCUGUGUGACCUAUACAGCCAACGUGUGUUUUUGUUCCUAACAUUGAUAUGACUACGACUAUCUGGGAAUAUAACUGAUUGAUUUGAAUAUACAAGUAAUUUAGGCCUCGUGUUUUUUUAUCCAUCUAGAUACUAUCUGACAUUUUGUAACAUAAAUUGAUUUCCUCAUUCCUGUAUGAAUAAACAU